GUACUCAAGGAAAAAAGUGAAUUAAACAAAAAAGAACAAAAAAAUUUAAUAAUAUAAUGCUUACAUCAAUAUGAUAUGGUACUUGCAUGAUUAUAGUGUGACGGGUGAGUGUAGUAUUGUUAAUAAAAGUAACAAAAGUGGGGCAGGAGAAUUUCUUCAAAUAAACAAAUACAUUGCGGGUGAAAAAAGAGAAUAACAAAAAGUAUUGGGGGUAUCAGGGUAAUUUUUUUGAAAUAGUAAGAUGCAGAAAGUGUGAUCCAUCAGAAUACUUAUAAACCGAAUUUCCCGCCCAAAAGUUGUAAACCGCCAUUAACAAACUUUGCAGUUGAGCUUUCCAAAAUCCACCAUUGAAGAUGACAAUUCCAAUUGUAGCGGUUUCUAGGGAGAAAGAAGAAGUCUCUACUGAUCUAAAAUCUACCAUUGAAGAUGUUUCUACUCGUCUACAAGAUCUAAAAUCCACCAUUGAAGCAGUUUCUACUGAUCAAAAAGAUCUAAAAUCCACCGCUGGAGAAGUUUCUACUCAUAUGGAGGAUCUAAUAUCCGUCAUUGAAGAAGUUUCUACUCAUCAGAAAGAUCUAAAAUCCACCAUUGAACAAGUUUCUACUGAUCAAAAAGAUCUAAAGUCCAGCGCUGAAGACGUUUCUGCUCAUCUAAAAGAUCUGAAAUCGGCCAUUGAACAAGUUUCUGCUCAUCUAAAAGAAUUAAAUUCACCAUUGAAGAUGACAACUCCAACUGAAGAGGUUUCUAGGGAGAAAGAAGGAGUCUGCACUCAUCCAAAAUCCACCAUUGAAGAAGUUUCUAGGGAGAAAGGAGAAGCCUCCUCUGAUCUAAAAUCCGCCAUUGAAGAAGUUUCUACUCGUCUAAAAGAUCUUAAAUCCACCAUUGAACAAUUUUCUACUGAUCAAAAAGAUCUAAAAUCCACUGCUGAAGAAGUUUCUACUCAUAUAGAGGAUCUAAAAUCGGCCAUUGAAGAAGUUUCUACUCAUCAAAAUGAUCUAAAAUCGGCCAUUCAAGAAGUUUUUAUUCAUCAAAAAGAUCUAAAAUCCACCACUGAAGAAGUUUCUGCUCAUCUGAAAGAUCUAAAAUCCGCCAUUGAAGAAGUUUCUACUCAUCUAAAAGAAUCCAAUCCACCAUUGAAGAUGAGCACUCCAACUGAAGAGGUUUCUAGGGAGAAAGAAGAAGUCUCCACUGAUCUAAAUUCCAGCAUUAAAGAAGUUUCUACUCAUCUAAAAAAAUCCAACGAGGAUUGGAUUUCAAUUAUGUCUAAACUGGUGGAAUGCCUCGACGAGUUUUGCGACCACCAUUUCCCGUCAACUACAGAACAAAAAAUCUCUGACAUCAAGCUUCAAAUUGGUUUGUGCAUCAAAGUCCUUGAAUGAGUUCCUGCAGAGAAGAAGGAAUUAAGUCAUGAACGUGCAAUGUUCGAGUAUAUAAAAGGAAGGAUAUUUAAUGCAAUUCCUGAUGUUUACAAGGAGGAAGCAGAGUAUCAUCUAGUGAACGCGACUCAAUUGAAUCCGCUUUUGCUGGAAGCUUGGGAUUGCCUGGGCUGUUGCUUUUCCAAGAAAGGGGAAUACCAAAGAGCUAAAAAGUGCUAUAAGUUUGUCCUUCAUAUGGCUGCAGAAAAUAGCAUAAUUUUACGUCGAAUUGCAUAUCUUGAACUGAAGUUUGCACAAGUUUCUUCAAAUUCAGCCUAGACUGCCUGGCACAUUGACAAAUGCAUCAAGUAUGCCCAAAAGACACUCGUUCUAGAUAGCAUGGAUGGAGCUUGUUUAUACAUCUUAGGAUGCGCAUAUUUCACUUCCUUUAUUUUGAAUGGAGGAUGGUAUUACAAUACUCUUCUACUGGCAUUAGAGGCACUCGAAGAAGCUAAAAAAAUUGAUGCAAUGAAGUCAAACCCAUAUUUUGAUUACGACUAUAGCAGGGUGAAUAGAUUUGUGGAGAACUACAAGGGCUCCCUAAUUGGAUUUUCAGAUGCUGCACUAAAGAAUCCUGCGAGUGAUGCCUCACAUCAAGUGAAACUGACGCUCGAGCUUCUUGACAAAUUAGAAAGAUUACUUAAGGGUAAGCGUAAUGACAAGAAUAAGGGGAAGAGUAAGGGAAAGAGUAAGGGAAAGAGUAAAGGAAAGAGUACUGAAACAAGCUUGCCUGACCGGAUCCAGUCACUUGCUAAUAUUGAUUGCAAGGCUUUACAUUCUUAACUGUAAACAAUGAGGUAUAUGAUUUAGCAAUUUUUCUAUUAGUUGAGGUAAUGUGUUUCCUCGCAGUGAAUCCUUCAUACAAGAGAGCAACCAUGGAUCUCUUAACUGAAGGCCUUAACGAACAGAUUGAGGUUGUAGCAGUAGUACGGUGCUUAGUUGAGUAUGGGUAUAUUGGUCCAUUAUACUAUAUGCUCUGUGACUCUGAUGAGAAAAGUUUUGUACUUACAAUGUUCGGCAUACAGAAGGAAGCAAUUAAACAAGGAGAUCAGGUCACACUAUUGGAGCCCAUUUGCAAAUUUAUUGAUUUUGAAUGGGAAGGAAAGCACUAUCAAUUCAAGUCUGUGAGAGUUAAUUUUCUGAAACAAGUCCUUGUAAAUGGAAAUGCCCUGUCUCCUAAUUUUGCCAUGCCUGAAUCAAUGUAAUACGCAUAACUGAGGGAAAAAUACUCGUCUAUUGCGUGCAGAUGUGGGAACUUCAAAUGAGAUAAAACUGUAUAUUUUUGACAA